CAAAUUCGACUCCUUACCCUCUUCCCGGGAGUUAAUGGUGAUAACGGUGACUCGCCAAUUCGUUGUAUUCUCAAACCCGUCCAUCUCGAUGACGCGCAUCCACCAUGUUACACAGCCUUGUCCUACACAUGGGGUGACAACAGCAAUAAAGUCACGAUAGAAGUCAAUGGGACAGAAUUUGAAGUAACAAGAAAUCUCCAUUUGGCCCUAAAGCACUUUCGGAAUACUCAGGAUCCUAUCCCUACUCUUUGGGUUGAUGCAAUUUGUAUAAACCAGAAGCACGAUAACGAGAAGGAAGCCCAAGUUCAGUUCAUGCAGAGUAUUUUCUCUGGCGCGCAAGAAACUUGGGGCUGGCUUGGCCCCGAAGUAGAUAAGAGCAACAAUGCUGUUGAUCUAAUCAAUGUUUUGUCACGAGCACAAUGGGGAUCACUGAAAUCCCCGGGGAUCGAAGAUAAGCUCGCUGCUUUAGAUCAUCUCUUGACUAGAGAUUACUGGUACCGUGUUUGGAUUGUGCAGGAAAUCGUCUUGUCGAAAAAA